ACUUCACCUCAUUUCCUAUACUCGAAUCUCUCAACUCCCCACAACAUGGAAGCUCCUGCCAGCUCAGUCGCCAAAUCAGUUCAACCUCAAAAAGCAUUUCAAGAAUGCCGAAAAACCAAUUGAAGUCAGGCUGAGUAAUAUGACAGCAGCGAAAGCUAUCUCCGACGCCAUUCGACCUUCCUUGGGACCUCGUGGAAUGGACAAGAUGAUUCAGACAGCAGACGGAAAUGUGACGAUUUCUAAUGGUGGUGCUUCUAUUUUGAAACACGUGUUAUGCAUCCUGCUGCUCGCAUGUGGGUCAAACUUUCAGCCGCUCAAGAUGUUUCAGCGGGUGACGGAACUACAAUUGUCGUAGUCUUAGCAGGCAGUUGACUCGGCGCGGCUGAGAAGUUACUAUCUAAAGGUAUUCAUCCUACCAUCAUUAAGUUUCUCAAGAGCUGCAAUCAAAUGUGUAAAAUAUUUAGAAGAAAUGUCAACACCGGUCGAUCUGAACGAUCGAGAAUCGCUUCUACGUGCCGCAAGCACUUCUCUGAACUCUAAGAUCGUCUCUCAAUCCUCUUCUAUCCUUGCUCCGAUUGCAGUGGAAGCAGUUAAACGGGUAGCUGACUUGAAAAACUCGAAUGUUGACCUCAAGAAUAUCCGGAUAGUCAAGAAGGUUGGUGGUACGAUUGAGGAUACCAGCUUGGUUGAUCGUCUUGUACUUCGUCAAAAUGCCAUCACCGGUCAAGGUGGCCCCUCUCGCAAAGAAAAAGCGAAGAUCGGACUAAUUCAAUUUCAACUUGGUGCUCCCAAACCAGGCAUGGACAAUCAAAUCAAAGUUGACGAUUAUCGUCAAAUGGAUAAGAUCCUCAAAGCGAGCUCACUAAAAACAUCGCCAAGACCGGCUGCAAUGUGCAUCAAUCAUUGGAGCAUCUUUUGGUCUUUUGGAUAUUUACAAUCAAUCAUUAGAUUCGUUCAUCGAUGGUCUUUGUAA